CACACACAAUAAAAUAAAGAUAAGAUUAUUUGUCUUAAGUAUCGACAUUAACAUUCAACAGCUGUGUCUUAGAAACUUAACAAGUGAAUUAGAAAAGAUAUUUUUAUCACCCGCAUAGUCAAAACCAGUGUGUUUUACUAUGGCUACCAAAUUGAGCGUUGAUUUGCCUGAUAUCGAGAAUUUAUUAGCUCUCAAUCCUAGAGUGCGUAAUUACUCCAAUCUAGUGCCAUCUUUUAAGACUAAAAAGAAUAAAGAACAUUGGAAAAGGAAUUUGGACAAAAAAUGCGGGGAUUGUUCCUCAUUGGAAAACAACUUCUCCGAUGUCAAACCAACAACCUUAAGCGAAAGAGGGGCCCUUAGAGAAGCCUCGAGAUGCCUAAAAUGUGCAGACGCACCUUGUCAAAAAUCUUGCCCAACUCAGCUCGAUAUCAAAUCCUUCAUAACAAGCAUUGCCAACAAGAACUACUACGGUGCCGCCAAGGCAAUUUUCUCCGACAACCCUUUGGGGAUUACGUGCGGAAUGGUGUGCCCAACCAGCGACUUGUGCGUCGGGGGUUGCAAUCUGCAAGCCUCCGAAGAGGGCCCCAUCAACAUCGGCGGUCUUCAGCAGUUCGCCACCGAAGUUUUCAGCAAAAUGGGGGUGAGACAGACGAGGGACCCCGAAACACCGCUACCGAAGAACGCAUCGUCAAAAAUCGUUUUGAUUGGCGGCGGGCCGGCCUCCUUAUCCUGCGCUACCUUCCUCGGUAGAUUGGGCUACAACGACAUCACCAUCUACGAAAAGGAACACGUCUUGGGGGGGUUGAGUACCUGGGAGAUUCCGCAGUACCGACUGCCCAUCAACGUGGUCAACUUCGAAAUAGGUUUGGUGCAAGAUUUGGGCGUCAAAUUUAUCACCGGCCGCAAACUAUCAACAAAAGACGUAACCUUGACCACCCUCCUCAAGGACUCCAAGGCUGUUUUUGUAGGAGUUGGUCUACCACAGCCAAAACUCAACCCUCUAUUCAAAAACUUGACCGAGGAACAAGGUUUUUACACCUCCAAAAGUUUCUUACCCAAGGUAUCUUUGGUCAGCAAAAAAUCUACAAGUGGCUGCCCCUGUAAACAAAAUCAAAAUUCGUUACCAAAACUACAUGGGAACGUGAUUGUUUUGGGUGCUGGCGAUACAGCGUUCGAUUGCGCCACAUCUGCAUUACGUUGCGGGGCUAAGAAAGUCUUCGUUGUUUUUAGAAGAGGUUUUACCAACAUCAGAGCAGUACCAGAGGAAGUUUCUGUAGCAGUAGAGGAAAAGUGCGAACUGAUAGGUUUCCUUGCUCCCCAUUCGGUUAACGUUAAAGGUGGAAAAAUAGUUUCCGUUACUUUUAGCAGAACAGAGCAAAAUGAUGAUGGUAAAUGGGUUCAAGAUACUGAACAACUCACCACUCUUAAAGCCAGUUAUCUUAUCUCUGCCUUUGGUUCUGGUUUGGAAGAUCCAGAAAUUAUCGACGCUCUUAAACCUUUAAAACUCAAUGACCAAAACAUGCCCAUCGUGAAUGUGGAAGAAAUGUCAACAUCUCAUCCUUCUGUUUGGUGUGGAGGCGACAUAGCUGGUGUAGCUGAAACCACAGUUGAAGCUGUGAACGACGGUAAAACAGCUGCGUGGUUUAUGCAUUGUCACUUGGAGGGUAUUUCAAAAUCCACAAAACCAAAACUACCUUUGUUCCAUACUGACAUAGACGAGGUUGAUAUUUCGGUUGAUAUUUGUGGUAUCAAGUUCGAAAAUCCCUUUGGAUUGGCUUCUGCGCCGCCCGUUACUAGUACAGCAAUGAUCAGGAGAUGUUUUGAACAGGGUUGGGGGUUUGUGGUGACGAAAACAUUCAGUUUGGAAAAGGAUUUGGUGACGAACGUUUCGCCAAGAAUUGUCAGAGGAUCAACAUCUGGGCAUUCAUAUGGACCUCAGCAAGGUUCCUUCUUAAAUAUCGAGCUGAUUUCAGAGAAGGUAACCGAGUAUUGGUUGCAAGGAAUUAAGGAGUUGAAGGCUGAUUUUCCCACAAAGAUCGUCAUAGCAAGCAUAAUGUGCUCCUACAACGAGGAAGACUGGAGAAAACUGUCAAAAUUAGCGGAAGCAGCAGGUGCCGACGCCUUGGAACUCAACCUGAGUUGUCCACACGGUAUGGGAGAAUCCGGGAUGGGUUUGGCUUGCGGACAAAAACCUGAACUGGUUAAAGGCAUCUCCCAAUGGGUCAGAGACAGCGUCAAGAUACCGUUUUUCAUCAAGUUGACUCCAAACAUCACUGAUAUUGUUACGAUUGCCAGGGCGGCGUAUGAAGGUGGUGCCAGCGGUGUUUCAGCUAUAAAUACGGUUUCCGGUCUGAUGCAUGUUAAAGGUGACGGUACCGCUUGGCCUUUCAUUGGUCUGGAUAAAAGGACAACGUAUGGUGGCGUGAGUGGUAAUGCUACCAGACCAAUGGGAUUACGAGCUGUGUCUGCCAUCGCCAAUGCGUUGCCAGGAUUUCCUAUCCUAGGUAUUGGAGGGAUUGACGCGGCUGAAGUGGCCCUACAGUUUUUGCAAUGCGGUGCUUCGGCUGUUCAAGUUUGCAGUUCAGUGCAAAAUCAGGAUUUCACACUGAUUGAUGAUUAUUGUACGGGAUUAAAGGCGCUUUUGUACCUUGAUGGUAGGUUACCAGGAUGGGAUGGGCAGAGUCCGCCGACGUACAAAAACCAAAAGGGAAAGCCUGUUCAGUCACUGUAUGAUCAUAACGGAAAGAAACUCCCUCACUUUGGAGAUUACCAAAAACAACGAGAGCAACAACUUGAAAAACUCCAUAGGGAAAAUAAGGUUUCCGAAGAAUCUUUGAUGCACCACGACGGUAAAACUUGUGGAUACACUAAUGGUUUUGAAGCUGCAAGUACAGGAAAUGCUCCAAGUAUUAAAGAUGUUAUUGGAAGAUCGCUGCCUCAAAUUGGAGCAUAUAAGAAAUUGGACAACACCAAACAAGUAGUGGCCUUGAUAGAUGAUGAUAUGUGCAUAAACUGUGGAAAAUGCUACAUGGCUUGCAACGACUCUGGUUACCAAGCGAUAACUUUUGAUGCCGAAACUCACAUACCAUGCGUUACAGACGAUUGCACUGGUUGCACCAUGUGUCUUUCUGUCUGUCCAAUUAUUGAUUGCAUAACAAUGGUGCCAAAAUCCAUACCACACGUGAUCAAACGAGGAAGACCAGGAGAUAAAAUUAUAGGGGUACAUGCCUUGCAAAGUCAAUAGAAAUAUUAAUAAAUAUUUUUUUAUUUUUAUAGCAUUUAAAAACUAG